UUUUCUGUUCUGCCUCUUGAUAAUAAAAUCACAAAAAAACAGAGGGUGUGAGAGAGACGCAGACAUUUCUAGAGAGAAUUUCAUUUCAUUAUUCCAAUCUUCAAUGUUUAUACGAAAUGGCAAUUUCAGCUGCAGAAACCCAAUCCAACCCAACUACUAAACCAAACACUCAACUCGAAGUCGAAUCAGUGAAAUGCUAUUCCUGUGGAUUUACAGAGGAAUGCACCCCUGCUUACAUCUCUCGAGUUCGCGAGCGCUUCAAUGGCCGUUGGCUUUGUGGGCUCUGUGUUGAAGCCGUGAAAGAUGAGGUUUUGAGAUCAGACAGGCUUAUCUCUACCGAAGAAGCUUUGAACAGGCAUAUUAAUUUCUGCAACAAGUUUAAAUCUUCUAUUCCCCUGCAUCAAACAGAGCAUCCUAUUUUUGUUAUGAGCAGAAUUCUUCGUAGGAGUUUGGAUUCACCUCGUGCUCUUCGCUCCAAUUCAAGUAGUGUUUUGCCUGAUGUUGAUGUUGAAAAGAUCAAAGGAUCGGCAUUAGUUCGAUCCGAAAGUUGUUUUUCUGCUUUGUCUCGUUGAAUUCUUUAAAACCAGUGAAACUCUGUUUUUGGCGGUUAAUUACAGAACAGAUCGUUUUACUGGAUAAGUAUGAUUUUAUUUUCUUCUUUAGGAAAUUAAUGGAAGAUAGGUUUAAGGAAUUUCACUAUAUAAAUUUUGUAUAGAAUAUUGUAUUAUGUUAUUAAGUAGGGUUCUUCAGAUUUUCUUGAUU